AACACCGCAAGAACUGUUGUGGGUUAAAAGUAACAAUUUAUUUACUGAAAAAUAAAAGGGUAGACUAGCGCUUUCUGGGCUGAUAUAAUUUUUUCAUUCUCUUCCUCUCUUUCAGUGUCUUCAAUUUUCAUAAGAGCUUGAGGUAAAGCAUAUUCAAUUUAAAGUUGCUGCAUUGACCUGAAGAAAAAUCUAGUGGCUCACAAUAAGAAAGCAUACAACAGUAAUAUAGAGAACAUUACAGAAAAGAGGUCAGUACAAGCUUUAAAUGUGGUGAAAGGUCAAAUGCGCUGCACAGUUGUGGGUGAAGAUAUAUUUCAUGAAAGGGAUAUGAAGAGGCAAAAGAAACUAAAUUAUGGUUUGUCAGAGAGCUUAGAAAGUCAUGGUCAUAGUCAACAAAGAUAUCCUAGUUCUGAAAUUGUUGCUAAUUCCAACUGCAAUUUGGAGAAUAAAAUAUGUGAAUCUCCUUCUGUUGCUCAGCCAAAAGCAGUUACAGAUCAACAUCCUCUGAAAGAAAGCGUUUGUGCUUUCUGUCAUUCACCUAAGACCACAGAGAGAACUGGACCGUUCAUGUACUAUGCAAAUGGAAAGGAAGUGGUGGAAAAUGUCACUUCUCUUCCCAAAGUCAUAUGUGUGCACAGUAAAUGCAUUGAAUGGACACCUCAAGUAUAUUAUGUUGGAGAUAUUAUACAGAAUUUGGACACCGAGGUGGCAAGAGCUGCAAAACUCAAAUGUAGUAGUUGUGGCAUGAAGGGUGCAGCACUUGGCUGCUAUGUAAAGUCUUGCAGGAGGAGUUAUCAUGUGCCCUGUGCAUUUGAAAUCCAGGAUUGCCGUUGGGAUAGGGACGAGUUUGUCAUGCUGUGCCCAAUUCAUAAAUCUGUUAAAUUUCCAAGUGAGAAGUCAAAGUCCAGAAAGCAUGUCAGGAGGGAAGUGUAUCCAGAGACUUCUCCACUAACCACCGAGCAAUUGAGUUUUUGGGCAAGAUCAUCAGAUGGACCCAAAGAAUGGAUUCUUUCUGGGUCUGCUUUAUCAUCAGAAGAGAAGUAUAUGUUGGUGAAAUUUGCUAAUAUGUGUGGUGCAACUGUUUGCAAGUUUUGGAAACCAAAUGUCACGCAUGUUGUUGCAACAAUAGAUGAAAAGGGUGCAUGCACCAGAACAAUGAAAGUUCUCAUGGCGAUUUUGAGUGGAAAAUGGAUUCUAACUAUAGACUGGGUAAAAGCUUGUAUUGCAGCAAAUGGCCCGGUAAAUGAAGAACCAUAUGAAAUAACUCUAGACAAUUAUGGUUGUUGUGGGGGCCCCAAAGCUGGAAGGCUGAGGGUCUCAACUGAUGCACCAAAGCUUUUUGAUGGUUUCAAGUUUUAUUUGAGUGGAGAUUUUAUGCCAACUUACAAAAGUGACUUAUUAGAUCUAGUUGAGAAGGCUGGAGGCACUAUCAUUCAGAGCAAGGAACAGUUGGUGCAACAGACUCGCGCUGCACAGGAAACUCAACCACCUUCUCUAGUUGUAUACAACUGUGAACCCCCACAGGGUUGCAUGUUUGAAGAAGAAGAAAGCAGUAUUUUACAACAAAGAUUAGCUGAAGCUGAGGAUCUAGCCAAGCAAAUUGGUUGUCAAGCCAUUCAACAUACUUGGAUUCUGGAAUCCAUUGCUGCAUGUAAAUUAGUACCUUUCUGCUGAUGAGCGGCUGCGGCAAGUUUUUUGUGCAACUGAGAUACUAUAACUUGUGGUAGAAGAGUCCUUCUAAAUGACUGUUUGUGUAAUAGAUGAGAGCAAAGCAUCUCUGGUGUUUGUAACAAGUAGUUGUACAUUCUCUGCACCAGGGAAAUAUUGUUGAAUCUUAAAAGCCAAAUGCCCUUCCAAGAUUUUGUGUAUAAAUGUGACAUACUGAAAAGGAAUCGAUAAUGAAAUAGAGAGAUAACUACCUUGGUUCUAAA